AUGUUAUGCUGCGUGAUAGGAACGAUAGCGGUAGCUGAUCCAGACCCAAAAAAAUAUAAGCCACAAGCACUUGAAACAGAUAAAAAAGCAGAGAACCUCACUAACGAAGAAAGAAGUUUUUUAAGAGAGGUCGAAGAAAAGUUUGGUGUGAAAUCUGAAAUUCCCAGUGAUAGCAAGGAAAAAGCCGAUAACAAAGUUGGAAAUAAAAAUGUAACACAUACUACCGAAAAAAAAUUAACAUUUCCAGCAGUAAUUGCCAUAGAGAUAGUGAAUGAUACUGAUGCAAAAGGCAAAGGCAAAAGAACAAUCGAUGCUAAUCUCGGAUAUGGAUACCGGACGAAUAAUGGAUAUACGUACAAUUAUUUCGGAAAAUCAGCUCAAGAUAAAGGAAAGUUCAUGAUUUAUCCCUAUUCUCAAGAAGAUAUUCCCGCACAUCAGAGCACCUUUAACUCUCAUUACGUAGAAACGGGCGAAAAUUAUCAGAAAACAUCGACUAAUGUUGAAAUACAGCCAUCACAGGCGUUUGAACUAGUACCCGUUAAAGAACAGCAAACAACUUACGACUACAAAAAGCCUGAAGUUGAAUUUAAAACACCAUCUCCUCCUACUUAUGGUAGUGAUUCAUCAUCGACUCUUUAUACUACGUAUAAUGGACAAGAAUUUUCGGGAUUGAGCGCCCAGUUUCCUACAGUAAUGCCAAAUUACUUUGUAGAUCCUUCUCAAUUGCUAACAAAUCCUCAAUACCAGAGCGCGGGUCUGACUCAAGACCACUUAAGAUCUCACGAAUCACAACUCGGCCAAAGAAUAGUACCAGUGUUAGUACUCAGAAUUCCAAGUUCUUCAAUUAAAAACCCUUCAGCUGAAUUGUACGCAAACCUACCAAACAAUUAUCCUCUAUCGUCUUAUCUCAACAAUGUAAACUUACAGCAAUUGGUUAAUCAAUACUUCCAAAAACAUGGAUAUUCAUUUGCACCACAAAUUAUGGCGUAUCAAAAUUCUAAUCUUUCUCCACAGGAAAGUGAACCACACUAUGCUCACCCAUAUGUUAAGCCCUCAUAUACUCAAUCAGACUAUUCUGGAGUACAAUAUUCAGCUGUGAAACCUGUAAUGGCUAGAUACCCAUCAAGUUAUAGCCCACAAAAAUAUGUAUCUCAGUCUCAAUCUUUGUACCGUCAACCUUCACAACAACAAUACGAGUAUCAAUAUCAAUAUAUGCCACAAACUGCACAGCCCACUUCUUACUACGUUCAGUCUCAGUAUGAACAACCAUCUUCUUCUCCUGAAUACCAGCAUGUGCAAACUUCUAUAGACCAACGUGCCAAUGUACAUGAAACUCAUUCAGUUGUGGAGCAUAAAGUACCGGAACAAACAAAUCAAGAAUACCCAGCUGAAAGCUAUGAUCCUCACCACGCUAUUCAGCAAAGCGCUGUUCAUCCAACAUCUUCAUACUACACAACAUCAGACACUUCUUCUGCGUAUGAAGUGGAAAAAGAAAACGCAAACGAACAUGCUUCUUUUGACCCCAGCUCUUAUACAUCUAGCUCAAUUGGGCAAAAAGCGCAGGUUUCAGUUCAACCCUCAAGAUUAAUUCAUUCAGAACAGUACGAAGAAAGUAGCGUUAAUUCUGGCCAAGAAUACACAUAUCAAUCUCCACAGCCUGAAAGGCCAAAAGCAUUAGUACUGUCAGAGAACUAUCCCAGCAAAGACCACACCAUUGCCGCAGUAUUUCCUAACUCGUAUAGCGCUGCUCAGAACUCAAAACCUAGCGUUCAAACUGUUAGUUAUGUAACUCCAAUGCCAUCAGCAAAAUAUCAAUCGCAAUUUAGAAUAAUGGUACCACAAACCGUCUUUAGAUCGCCCACAAGCGAUAAGGUAGCGUACGUAAACUCUAAAUCGAUGCAUUACAACAACGCAGGCCGUUACACCCACGAUGUGGAGCCAGAAGAAGAAUACACUAGAACGCAAUAUGUACCACCAGUGCCUACUAGGCCAUCUUACCCUAGAAAUUACCACAGCCAUCCAAAACGAAUGGCUAAACCUGACAAUAAAGCAGCGGCUUCUUCUAAAGUAGCCAAAAAGAAUGAAAGGACUGACAAGAAGACAACAUAA